AUGACGGAUCAAGAGGUGCCUGUCCUGGUCGAGGAUUUGGCCAACAACGAAAACCUAGGGCAUGUUACAGCGGCUGCGCGGGUGAGGCCGGCCAUCCCUAUGGCAUGUUGCGGCGGCGCGGGUGAGGACGCCGAAACGGAUCUGCGUGGCCGGCUCCAGCUUUGUGAAGUGACUGGUCCGGUGCUUGCGUUUGCCUGCGAGCUCACCAUCUGGUCGCCCUCCCAGAACAGCAUCGCCCAUCGGGAGCUCUCCCGGAACCAAGACCGCACGAAGAACACUAGGCCGUCGUUUCGUCCUCGCCGCCGCCAUGGCCGCCAUCACGUCAUCGCCUCCGCGCGCGGCACAGCAGCGGGCUUUCCACUCGUCAGCGAACUCGCGGUUGACGCGCGCCCACAGCUCCGGGGUACCGGUUGUGUGCGGCGACGCGGUCCUCCUCGCUGGAGGGCAGCCGCACGUCCAGAGGCCUCGUCGAAGUCAGCCAUCCAGCCGCUGACGCCAUGGUCCAUCAUCCCGUGCAGGAACGAUGCUCUUGAACCAGGCGUGCGCCUCCGGGUUGGUGAAGUCGAGCAUCGCGACGUCGAACGCCGUGUUGGGCAUCAUGUAUGGCUCGCCGGCCUCGUCCCUCACCACUCACAGGAUGCCCAGCUUCUUGGCUUCCUCGAAUUGGUGCCUCUUUGUGUUCGGCUUCGGAUCCAUCUGAACAAGAACAUGCCAACGUUUUCAAACAAAAUUCAGAACACCAUGCACACCUGCCCUGCUCGUGCUCGGUUGCCAUUGAUACGAGAAGUGAAGUACUCUGCGCUCUUAGAUCUUUCUCUCUACUCUGCACUCCUAGACUGCUCGUGCUCUGGGUGCCGAUAA